UAGACGCUUCAAAAUCACCCGCGAAGCCGUUGAGAAUUGCGUUGUGGAUAAUGUGAGAGAUAAGAGGUCGGAAUCGGAACCUCCAACAAUUCCUCUGCUCCUUUCCUUCUCUUCAAUGGCGUCUCUCCAACAACUCCUCAAACCUUCCUGGACUUCUCUCUUCGCCCCUUCCCUCUCUCAGCCUCAGCCUCAGCCUCAGCCUCGAACUUUUACUACUUCCACUCCUAGAGCCUCUCUCCAGAAUUCUUCCAUCAAUCGCCGGCAGUUCGUAGCUGAGACGGCAGCAGCGGUUUCUCUGUCGCUUUCUCCGCUUAUUGCUCCCGUGCAACCGGCGAAGUCCGAAGAAGCUCUCUCGGAGUGGGAGAGGCUUUUCCUUCCUAUAGAUCCGGGUGUUGUCCUUCUCGACAUUGCUUUUGUGCCCGAUGAUUUGGACCAUGGCUUCCUUUUGGGGACCAGGCAAACCAUUUUAGAGACAAAAGAUGGUGGAAGAACUUGGGCUCCACGUACAAUACCCUCGGCUGAAGAAGAAGAUUUUAACUACAGAUUUAAUUCUAUUAGCUUCAAAGGAAAGGAGGGAUGGAUUGUUGGCAAACCUGCAAUUCUGUUGUACACUUCGGAUGCUGGAGAAAGCUGGGAAAGGAUACCUCUCAGUGCUCAGCUUCCUGGAGAUAUGGUCUACAUUAAAGCAACUGGAGAAAAAAGUGCAGAGAUGGUUACUGAUGAAGGUGCGAUAUACGUUACAUCAAACAAGGGAUAUAAUUGGAAGGCUGCAGUUCAGGAGACUGUUUCUGCCACCCUUAAUAGAACAGUUUCAAGUGGGAUAAGUGGUGCAAGCUAUUAUACUGGAACCUUUAACACAGUAAAUCGUUCUCCUGAUGGGCGUUAUGUUGCUGUUUCGAGUCGUGGUAACUUCUAUCUCACCUGGGAGCCUGGGCAGCCAUUCUGGCAGCCACAUAAUAGAGCUAUUGCUAGGAGGAUUCAGAACAUGGGGUGGAGAGCUGAUGGUGGUCUUUGGCUUCUUGUUCGUGGAGGAGGACUUUUUCUGAGUAAAGGCACAGGGAUAAGCGAGGAGUUUGAAGAAGUUCCAGUUCAAAGCCGAGGUUUUGGCAUAUUAGAUGUUGGUUAUCGUUCAACGGAAGAGGCUUGGGCAGCUGGGGGAAGUGGAAUACUUCUGAAAACUACCAAUGGUGGCAGGACAUGGUCCCGUGAUAAAGCAGCUGACAACAUUGCAGCCAACCUAUACUCUGUAAAGUUUAUAAACGACAAGAAAGGUUUUGUGCUGGGAAAUGACGGUGUAUUGCUUCAAUAUCUUGGUUGAAGAUUGAGAUUUCACUCGCUUUUGACAGGUUACAAUUCUAUAUGAUGCUUGCCAUGGCAAUUUUGUAUCGUUGAAUCAGAGCUUGAGUUCUUGCUUUCAAUGAUGGGAUGAGGUGUGCUAACUUCGCCAUGUUUCACCUCUUUCCUCUUUUUCGCAUUUUGAAGGUCGGAAACUUUUAGCAAUGCUUUCGUUAGAACGAAACGUCGUAAAUAGCUUUUCAUUUUUGUUAAUAUCUGUAAUCUAAACUUAUAUUUGGCAGAUGCCCAUUGUUGAAUGCAAACAAUGAUGAAUUUGGAAGUUAUAGAUGCAUUUUGUGUCA